AUGAUGUCGAUGGACGGCAACGAAGAAGAGGUCUCGCAAAGGGUUGCGACAAAUGAUCUGUUGCCGAAUGACGUCUUGCUGGGAAGAGGAACUGGACCCAAUGAGCACUUGGGCAAUUGCCUCUUUAGAGAUGAGGUAGAAAGCCAUAAAGAUGCUUAUGUAUCAGCCCCAGACAAAGCAACUGAAGACAGGAUUGUGGAUGCUAUCAUAUCGUCCAUAUAUCAGAAUCGAGGACGUUUCCUAAAAAAGAUGGACUCUCAACAAGAUUUGUCUGGGAAACCAGUGUAUGAAGUCGUCCUGGACAAAAAAGUCCUGGCAUACAAAAUCAAGCAAGCCAUUCGAUAUUCGAAGCGAAAGGACAAGAAGUUUGAGGCAUCCAAAGAUGGGAAAGAUGGAUCGGAAUCAAAGCCGACCAUUCCAGAUUCUUCUGCACAGCUACAGGCUUCACUCUCAUCCCCGUGGUCGUCCAGAAAUGAUCAUUUCAGGACGCCUCCCAACGCACUCUCUAGUGACAGCGAGCGGCUUCUUUUAAUGGCACAGAAUGCUUCAGUUCGAACAUCAGGAAUUGCACAGCAGUCGCAACUUUCUACUGCACAGCAGAUCCUUGCUCAACAACAGCGAUUCUCAGGUUCACAGGCCCUGGUGCUGCAAAACCCACUGGUCGGUCUGGAACAGAGAUCCGCCGCUUUGGACUCUGACACUCUGGAUCGCCUAGCGAUUCUGCACCUUCACAGGACGGAUCCAGUGGCUGCUCAACUAGUCCUGGAUCGUCGGCGGAGGCAAGAACAAGAGCAGGCUUCUCAGCUUGACAGUCUGAGUUUGCAACAACAACUUAGGUUUGCAGCAGCAACAGCAGCAACAAUGAUGACAGAGCAACAUCAUUUGCUCCAGGAGCGAAACGCGCCUCUCGGGAUGCCGCAAGUACAACAAUCUCCAUCAAGGUCAGCUUUUGCGGGUUCCAUGCGGAACCCAACUGCUCCCAUGAGCCCAGCAGCUGGACAGCAGCGUCAAGGUUUGCUUGGUACAUCCAGCUCGAUCAGCUCUACCUUACAAGAUGAUGCGAGAAAAAGCAUCACAUCGGAAGACUCGGAAGAAUCCGCUUCCAAGCGGAGGAAGACCAACCACCACCACUAA